CCUUUCUUAUCUAAACAGAUAUAAUACAGACUGCAAAGGAAAUUACUCUUAUUUGUCCCAAAGAGCUGCCAGGAUGAAGACGCGGUCUACCAGCCUUCGAGUGAAGUUACCUGUGUUUGUGUUUGUCACACAGGUGAUUAUUGUUGUCUUGUAUGCUGCCUUUGUCACCUACGAUGAGCAUGCGGACGCCAGAUUCCAGACCAACAGGACUAACCCCAUGGACAACACAGUUUACAGAGACUACCCUAUUUUUACAGACAUACAAGUCAUGAUAUUUCUCGGCUUUGGGUGCUUGCUGGCAUUUUUUCGACUCUAUGGCUUUGGGGGGAUGGUUUUUAACUUCCUCACGGCCACUUUUGCCAUCCAAUGGGCCAUUCUGGUGCAGGGGUACUUCCAGUUCAGCCACGAGGGUAAGAUCCACCUCGGAGUGAUCAACCUCAUAAAUGCAGAGUUUGCCUGUGCCGUGGUGUUGAUAUCUUUCGGGGCAGUGCUGGGGAAGACGAGUCCGCUGCAGCUGCUGGUCAUGGCUCUGCUGGAGGUGCCGGUGUUUUCGGUCACAGAAUGGGUCGUGCUCAAGUAUCUGAAGAUCAACGAUGCAGGAGGCUCCAUUCUUAUUCACCUGUUUGCCUGUUAUUUUGGCUUGGGUGUCACGUUUGUGCUGUACAGGCCUUCCCUAAAUGAAGGCCAUGCAAAGGAGAACACCAGCUACCAGUCUGACAUCCUGUCUGUGAUGGGGACCUUGUUCCUCUGGGUGUUUUGGCCCUCAUUCAACUCAGCAUUGACCCUGAAAGGAGACGACCAGCAUAGAGCCAUCCUCCACACUUUCAUCGGCCUCAGCGCCUCCACUCUCACAGCUUUCGCUCUCUCUGCCAUGCUGAACAAAAACGGUAAGAUCACCAUGGCCGACGUUCAGAACGUGACCCUGGCUGGAGGUGUGACGGUUGGGGCAUCUGUGGAUAUGAUGAUAACACCUGCAGCUGCGUACGCUCUGGGUAUGAUGGGCUGCACUGCGUGUAUGCUGGGCUACAAGUACUUGAGCCCCUUCCUUGCACGGCGCUUCAGGAUCCAAGAUCAGUGUGGGAUACAUAAUUUGCACGGUCUGACAGGGCUUAUAUCCUCCACUGCAGGGAUAUGUGGUAUACUGGUGGCUAAUGAGGAGAUGUAUGGCCCGAGUUUGUAUGAGAUCUUUACCCACAGAGCACCAGUAGAGGGAGACCCUAAGCUGCAAGAGCUCCAGAUGUUGAUCCCCGGUAUACGGCCAGGGUUGGGGAGGACUGCCAGGGAACAGGCUCUCUUCCAGGUCGCAGCUGUGUUCUCCACCAUAGGAGUGUCAGCGCUGGGAGGCGUCCUCACAGGCCUCGUCUUGAAGCUGCCGCACCUCGCACCACCACCCGAUGAUUUAUGUUUUGACGAUGAGCUGUUUUUUGAUGUUCCUCAUGACUACGAUUCACCACUUAAACUCAAUAACACAGUUACAACUGUUCCUCAUGACUACGAUUCACCACUUAAACUCAAUAACACAGUUACAGCAGAGGAUUCUGCUGCCUGACAUGCAGCAGCCAAGUAUAGUCAAUGCAUCCCGACUGAAGAAUGAAAUGUAAAUAAGCAUAUGUUUGUUUUUAUAAGUAAUGGAUUUCGCCAUUAUUCAACAGUGUGUAACAGUUCAUUAAAUUAAAGUUAAUAUUCAUUACAUUGUAAAUAUGAUCAUAAAUAAUUAUGAAAAACAAUGCCAUGCAGUGACACUGUCCAACAUUUUCUGUCUAAUUUAAACAGUAAUGGUGUUAUUUAUUGUCCUACAUGCAAACAAAAAAGGAAAUUGAGUGUUUGAGCUCUCUUGGCCAAUUCAUCACAAUUUUUUUUAUGUGAAAUAAACACUUUUUAAGCUGUGUGCAAAUUCA